AUGGCAUGGCGAUUUUGGAAACCAAAAAAUCUGUCCGAAACAAUAUUUCCUCUAACGACGUUAAGCGCUGUCCUCGGUUUCGGUGUUUUCCAAUAUCCGAUCGGUCGGCCACGGAUGUUAAUCAGCGUUGCUUACUUGACUGUUUUCUCGGCGAUUUAUUGGAGCGCAUUUGUCAUAACGACUACGAAAUCGAGUAAUACUCGCUCCUCGUCUACAGCCACUAGAAAUGCACAACGUUUGGUAACUUACUUCAACCAGAUGACAACUUUAUUUGCACAAGCUGCAAGUUUUUGGUACAUCAAAAGGCAGUUACGUAUCGUCGAGAGACUGAGGAAGGUCGACAACACCUUGUUCAAGCUAGGAGUCUCUUUCGACUAUCGGCAAUGCUUCAUCGUCCAAAUAAUCUGCUUCAGCAUUUGGUUUUUGUUGCUUCUCGGGCACGUAAUUUUUAGAAUUGUGUAUCUCGUUGACCCCUUGCCACUAUGGAGGGUCAUACUCGUGACAGCAGUUAACAAAUACCCAGCCCUCAUCAACAUGCUUGUGGGAUUAACUUUCUGGAUUUUAGCCUGGUGCAUCGGGCACAAAUUUUACGCUGUCAACCAAUUGCUCGGAGAGCCGUACAAGCACAUCUACCAGCAAUUUGAGAGCGAUGAUUUUGGCACGGUUUUGCAAAAGAAAUUUCAUAUUGCGUCGUUCAACAUGCCACUGUGGCGACAUUACAUCAACGGCAGUGAGCGCAAGAAUUUUAUUCAGAUACUCAAGUUCGUGCAUCUCGAGAUGACCCUCGUAACGAGAGAUCUCAAUGAGAUUUAUGGUAAAAUAUGGUUAAUGUUAUUCGCGAUGGAUUUUGGUUUGUUUACGGCGUAUUCAUACGUGCUCUACGGUCUGUGGGCGCGACUACAGAUCGGGGAAAGAUCGCUCCUGACGAUAUCCUCAUUGUUCUGGAUGGCAGCAUUUUUUUUAAAAAUAUUUCUCACCAACGAUAUUUGUGACGGCGUAAUAAAUCAAGUAAUUGAAUUUCAGAGUUGCAUGCAACGUGCCUAUCAUUGCAAUUAA